AUGAGGAAGCUGCUGGUGGAGGCAACACGGGUUGGUAAGCCCACAUAUUACUACCACCUGCUGCUGCUCCCCCCAGUGGCGCACUGUAUUCCUCCUGUCCAUGUGCAAAAGAUUCCAUUUGGAAGCAAAAAACAAAAAGAGAAAGUGGACAAGGAGACGAAGAAGCUUCGCAAAUUUUUGAAAAUAUCUGGUGUGAAAAAUGAAGUGCAGUUUGAAGAAGCAGAGGAAUCGAACAGCAGGAGUGGAGGCAGUCAUGGAGAGAAGGAUGAGCGGGAGAGAGAUGCUACCCUGACGCAUGUGGAUUACGAAGCAUACGACAUGAAGGCACAAGACAUUGUUAAAUCUUUUGAAAAAAAAAUGAAAAAAAUAUAUGAGAAUAAUUUAAGUGUUGAUUUUUUUAACAGUAUGGUUGUUGAGAAAGAGAAGCAAAAAUUUAAUUUAUCCGAUUUAGCCCAAGUGGUUUUGAAGUCAGCCAAGGUGAUUUACUUUUACCCUUACAUGACUAGCGACGCGCAGAAGAUUAUUUAUCAUUUGAAGAUGAAGGACAAUACAUGGAACCCUACUAUGUCUAAUGAUGGGCAACACAUUUUGUUGCAUAUCCCUCCACUGACGGAGGAUGUAAAAUUAAAGAAAAGGAAAGAAGCCAAGGAGCUGUUGGAGAAGAUCAAAAACGACUUGCGCAAUCUGCGUCACAGGAUACGCGAUGACAUUGCCAGGCUUGUGCAGAGCGAGGAGUGGAAGAUCGUCGAGCGGAACAAGUUGGACGCCUACAUAAAGGGGAAGGUCAAGGCGAUCGAGGAUAUAUACACCAAAUACGCGGGGGGUGCCGGGUCGUAG